CAUUUUCUCUCUGUAACUGCAGUAAGGGAGGGGAGUUGGAUAUACCUCGACUAAUAUCUCCCGGGUUUGACACCAUCAUUAUUGUUUAUUCUUGUUCUCUAAAAGCAGAAUCCUCUGAUGGCUCCCUUAGGUGAAGUUGGGAACUAUUUCGGUGUGCAGGAUGCAGCAGUACCUUUUGGGAAUGUGCCCGUUUUGCCGGUGGAUAGCCCGGUUUUGUUAAGUGACCACCUGGGUCAGUCCGAAGCAGGGGGGCUGCCCAGGGGGCCUGCAGUCACGGACUUGGAUCAUUUAAAGGGGAUUCUCAGGCGGAGGCAGCUAUACUGCAGGACUGGAUUUCAUUUAGAAAUCUUCCCCAAUGGUACUAUCCAGGGAACCAGGCAAGACCACAGCAGAUUUGGAAUUCUGGAAUUUAUCAGCAUAGCAGUAGGUCUGGUCAGCAUUCGAGGGGUGGACAGUGGACUAUACCUCGGAAUGAAUGAGAAAGGGGAGCUUUAUGGAUCAGAAAAAUUAACCCAAGAGUGUGUAUUCAGAGAGCAGUUUGAAGAAAAUUGGUAUAAUACGUAUUCAUCGAAUCUAUAUAAACACGUGGACACUGGAAGACGAUAUUACGUUGCAUUAAAUAAAGAUGGGACUCCAAGAGAAGGGACUAGGACUAAACGGCAUCAAAAAUUUACACAUUUUUUACCUAGACCAGUGGACCCUGAGAAAGUACCUGAACUAUAUAAGGAUAUUUUAAGCCAAAGUUGACAAAGACAAUUCCUUCACUUGAGCCCUUAAAAGUAACCACUAUAAAGGUUUCAUGCGGUGGGUUCUUAUUGAUUAGCUGUGUCAUCACAUCAGCUCCACUGUUGCCAAACUUUGUCGCAUGCAUAAUGUAUGAUGGAGGCUUGGAUGGAACAUGCUGAUUUUGUUCUGCACUUAAAGGUUUGUCCUCCUGGAGGAGAGCCUAUGCCCACUUGCUUGAUUUAUUAUGAAAGAAAGAAUGUGAGAGUGAGA